ACAAAAACAGAAUGCCUUAUCUUGUGGAGACCUCAGCCCGUCGCUCCUGUCACUGUGAAACUCUUCUAUGAGGCCCUGUGCCCUUCCCCCCGGUCCUUCAUGUCAGUGGUGCUCUUUCCUUCUUGGGCUUUGCUGGGCAAUGACGUUCUGGAUGUAGUCCUUGUGCCUUUUGGCAAUGCUGAGGAGAGACUUGUGAAUGGGACCUGGGAGUUUACCUGUCAACAUGGGAAGCUGGAGUGUAAACUCAACAUGAUUCAGGUAAAAACUCUUCUGCCCCAAGCCUCUCCUGGAGGCACUGCUGUGAUCAACUGCAUGAUGUCAGCUGCUCAUCCAGAAACCUCACUAGAGUCGUGUCUGAAGAUCUACAUCCCACAAAUUUGUGUGGAUGACAUCAUGAAAUGUGCAACAGGACAUCAAGGCAAAGAGAUGAUGCAUCAGAAUGCCAUGAUGACAAAUCAUCUUUCCCCUCCACAUACAUACACCCCUUGGAUUCUGGUUGAAGAAGUAAGAGCUGUACCCUAUCCCCACCUCACC